CCGGGACAGCCCGCGGGCCGGUUUUUCCUCACGGCUCGGCACGCACCUGCCUCCCGCGCCUGGGGCCGGCUCUGCCGCAGCGCUGCCGCCCGGGACCCCUCCGCCUCGGCAGCAGGACUCUGGCCAGCAUCUACCAGCGCACUGCCAUGGGCACCCCCCCAGCCCAGGGGGGUCUUUCGGAGCUGGCACCUCCCAUGGCAUAGCCUGGUCCCUCCCUGCAGAGCCCUCUGCCCGUGUGCCAUGGCUGACAGCCCUGUGCAGGGUGCCUCUGCUGGGGCCUGGUGGAAGGCACUGACCAGCAAGAAAAAUGCCAAGCAGGAGCCACUACCCAGCCCGACCCCCAGCCUGGCCCCGGUGCCAUCCAGCCUGGUGCCAUCCAGCCCGGACCCACGGGACCAGCAGCCGCCCCAGUGCAGCAGCGAGCCGAAGGCAGCAGACAAGCCCGGCAGUGGUGGUGGGAGCUGCAGGAACCUGCAUGUGUCACGCUCAGGCCGCUUCAAGGAGAGGCGCAAGGUACACGCCCCACUGCUGGCUGAGAGCCCCGCAUUGUUUGAGGGCGGUGCCCCCAGCCGUGCUGCCCAGCAAGGCCAGUAGCUGGGGCCCCUGGCAGCAGCUCCUGCCACUGCCCUGACCUGGCAACCCCAGCUGAGGAGGGAGAAUCGCAUCCUCCGGUCAAUCCAGGAUGCUUGGGAACUGGAAGCCAGCCUAACCUCCUGCCUGGUGCCUGUUGAGGGCUGCUGCCAGGGGGGCAGGCGGGACUGAGGCUGUGAAGAUGAAGGCUGAAGGUAGCUCUUUGGUGGCAUCCAGGAAAAGCUGCCAGGCUUCCCUGCGUGCCCUCUCAACCUUGUAGCAGAGAAGUGAAGCAAAGUGAAGGAGGCCUGU